AUGGCUACUCCGGCACAGAAACGUCGCCGUCUGGUAGGCGUAUCAACCAAGAUGUACUUUUCAGCACAACGGACGACGCAGUACGUUGAUGAUGUUAUGAUGAGGCUUGCAGCGGCUCCUGGUCUCGACGCGGUCGACAUCUUCAUCAUCCCGGAUGCCAUCACCCUGACAUCGGUCGUCUCUCAGGUGCAGCUGAGGGGUUUGCCAGUCCUGGUGGGUGCACAGGAUGCAUUCUGGGAAGACGCUGGAUCGUACACGGGCGAGGUGUCCCCGUCUGUCCUUGCGGAAGUGGGCUGCCGCAUCGUUGAAGUUGGUCACGCGGAGCGAAGGCGACUGUUCCACGAGACGGAUGCAGACACGGCAAAGAAGGCGGCGGCGGCUGCCAGGAACGGGCUCACACCGCUGGUGUGCCUCGGCGAGCGCACAAAGGGCGUGGUGAGCAUGGCGGUGGGGCAGUGUGCAACGCAGGUGGAAAGCGUCAUGGCUGCUGUGCCGGCCGCGGCCGAGGUCAUCUUGGCUUACGAGCCGGUGUGGGCCAUCGGCGCCGCAGAGCCGGCCGCAGCCGAGCACGUGGUCGGUGUCGUGAGUGCCUUGCGGGAGCUGCCAUGCGUCAAAGAGCGGGAGGGCGCCGUCCGGAUCAUCUACGGCGGCUCUGCCGGCCCAGGUCUGUUCGAGAAGCUCAAAGACUCGGCGGAUGGCCUGUUCCUUGGCCGCUUUGCCCAUGACCCGGAGGCUUUUGUCAAGACUGUGCGCGAAGUAUCGGCUGCAUGA